AUGGAUUUGUUGGGAGAUAUUGUAGAGAAGGAUGUGGUCCAACCUGAUGCCAUAAAUGCGGCGCCGCCAACAGGAUUCCCAGCUCUAUAUGAGCCCAAAAAGAUAUCAUCUUGGAAAACAAGACUACAGCAGAAAAGACAAAAUUCAAGGCCUCGAGAUACCAGCAAGGCAGCCAAAACUCCAGCAGCUUCUCAGAAUAAUGCGGGUACCGAAGCCGAGCAAAUUCAUCGCGAAAACAUGGCUCGUAUGAGUCAGAUGUCUGCUCAACAGUUAGAACAAGAGAAACGAGAUAUCAUGGAAUCCUUGGAUCCCAAAGUGAUUCAGGGCCUAAUGAAAAGACUAUCGAAGCGUGAAGUGAAAGAUUCGGGAGAAGACGCCUUAAAAGCUUCUUCAGCUCCCCUUUUUGCUGAAGUUGAAGGAGCACCAGGAACGUGGAUUGGUGGUACGCACGAGACACCCGAUCUCCCGCGCUUGGACGACGAUGCGGUGGAUUUAGCGCUUGGUAUUAAAACUAAAGAGCCUAAGCACGUCAAGUUUGAGCCCGGAGUGGAAGAUGAGGAACCUUUAGAAGAGAUGCCUUUUGACUACCCAAGGCCCCCACUUGAUGAUGAUGAUGUAGCCCCGCAAGAGUACCAGUUCGUACAGCAAAUGGACCACAUGAAGAAUGAGGAAUUACUAAGUGAUGUUCAUUUCAUGAAACCAACUGGAACACAAGUACCGGAGUUUGAAUCACUUGACAUUAACGAUCCAGAUUUCGAUUCUAAGCUGCAUGAAAAAUAUUUCCCAGAUCUACCUAAGGAGGCUGAUAAGCUAGCAUGGAUGAAACCAGUUGCGCAAAAUGCUCAUUCGGAUAUUAUACACGAUGUUUCUCAGUGCAGGUUUGACUUCAAUGCAAAUCUUGUGCCUCCCGACAGAAGUAUUAAAACUACUAAAAACGGUUUACAUCACCAUGCUGACAAUCCGGAACUUGCUGGUUACACAAUAGGGGAAUUACAGCAUCUGUCAAGAUCCACGUUCCCUGCUCAAAGAUGUAUAGCUAUUCAGACGCUGGGCAGAAUCGUCUACAAGCUCGGUAAGCAAAGCUACGCGCAGUUGGUACCAGAGGUUGACGCAGAAACGUACACUGAAAUAGGAGGUACAGAUGCGGUUCUCAAUCACAUUUAUGGUAUGUUCUGGGAUCUUUGUAAGACCCAUUCCGUCAUCGAGUCAUUGACGCAAGCGGCAGAUGAAAAUGAAACCCAUAACCUGUCUGUUCGCAACUACGCCCUCGACGCGUUGUGGCUAUGGAAAGAAGGAGGUGGAGAUUUCAGACUGAAAACCGACUCGGCCAAAAAGAGUGGUACGAAUUAA